UCCAAACAUGGCCUUCUCCUCACCGAGCCAAAUAUAUCCACAACUACCCAACCCCCACCGUUUCUCCUCCUUAUCCCAAUCACAACUACCCUUCAAACUCAUCAAAAUUACAUCUUUACCCUCCAAGAAACCUGUCAUAGCUUGUGUCCUCACCGGACAAUCAAUGUCGGGUCAGGUCGCUCAACGACCCGAUUCGUUUGGUCGGUUUGGGAAAUUUGGAGGCAAGUAUGUACCGGAAACCCUAAUGCAUGCUCUCGAUGAGCUCGAAACCGCAUUCAAUUCGCUCGCUACUGAUCAAGACUUUCAGAAGGAACUAGAUGGGAUAUUGCGAGAUUAUAUUGGCAGAGAGAGUCCUCUUUAUUUUGCGGAGCGACUUACUGAGCAUUAUAAACGUCCAGAUGGUGAAGGGCCACUGAUCUACCUGAAGAGAGAAGAUCUAAACCACACUGGUGCUCAUAAAAUCAAUAAUGCGGUUGCCCAAGCUUUGCUUGCCAGUCGCUUGGGGAAAAAACGCAUUAUCGCUGAGACAGGGGCUGGUCAGCAUGGUGUUGCCACUGCAACUGUUUGUGCCCGGUUUGGUUUGGAGUGCGUUAUUUACAUGGGUGCUCAAGAUAUGGAUAGACAAUCACUGAAUGUCUUCAGAAUGCGACUGCUUGGAGCUGAGGUUAGAGCAGUCCACUCAGGAACUGCUACGCUCAAGGAUGCUACUUCAGAAGCUAUAAGGGAUUGGGUUACAAAUGUUGAAACAACUCAUUACAUCCUUGGAUCUGUUGCAGGACCUCAUCCUUACCCAAUGAUGGUUAGGGAAUUCCAUGCAGUGAUCGGUAAAGAAACAAGGAAGCAAGCUUUGGAAAAGUGGGCUGGGAAACCAGACGUGCUUGUUGCAUGUGUUGGAGGAGGUUCAAAUGCUAUGGGACUGUUUCAUGAGUUUGUUGAUGACAAAGAUGUGAGGUUGAUUGGGGUUGAAGCAGCAGGUUUUGGUCUCGAUAGUGGUAAACAUGCUGCCACUUUGACUAAGGGAGAGGUAGGAGUUCUGCAUGGAGCUAUGAGCUAUCUCCUGCAGGAUGAAGAUGGGCAGAUAGUUGAGCCUCAUUCUAUCAGUGCCGGAUUGGAUUACCCUGGAGUUGGGCCAGAACACAGCUUUUUGAAAGAUUUGGGGAGAGCAGAAUACCAUAGUAUCACAGAUGAGGAGGCUUUGGAAGCCUUCAAAAGGUUAUCGCGGUUAGAGGGCAUUAUUCCCGCUCUGGAAACAUCUCAUGCUUUGGCAUACCUGGAGAUGCUGUGUCCAACCCUACCCAAUGGAGCUAAGGUUGUGCUCAACUGCAGUGGUAGAGGAGAUAAGGAUGUUCAAACUGCCAUUAAAUAUUUGAAGUUUUGACGGAAUUCUUUGGUAAAGCUUAGGCUAAAGGAUUCUUUGUAGUCUUACAAAGGCAAAGGGCAUUUGGAGUAUUUUCUGUUUUAUGGGCAGAACAAAUUUUGCAAGUUAAAUGAAGAUUUUCCUAAACAAAAUCGUUACAAAAA